CGCAUGCCCACUAGCAGCACACACACGCACACUUCAUUUGAUAUCAUUCCAGCACGGACGUGAAGAGACAAACAAGAGGACGAUGACGUUCCGUAGCAUUAAGUUGUUCGUGCUAUGUCACGGCCUGCUGCAGUUCUCCCAGCUGCUGUACAGCUCCUACUUCAAGAGCACCCUGAGCACGGUGGAGAAACGUUACGGGCUCAGCAGCUACUCCGCCGGAACGCUGUCCUCCCUGCACGAGGUGAGCAACAGCGUAUUGAUCGUCUUCCUGAGCUACUUUGGGAAUCGCGUGCACCGCCCUCGCGUCAUCGGCAUCGGCGGACUGUUGAUGUCAAUCAGCGCCGUGAUGCUCGCCCUGCCGCACUUCCUGUCGCAACCGUAUGAAUACGACUCGGCGCUACUGAACCGUCAGGACAUUUGCAACCCGCAGAGGAACUCCAGCGUCUCCGAGUCUUGCGGCCACGAUGAGAGCGAGCGAUUGGCCGACACGCGCACCCUGUGGAUGCUCAUGGCCGCCGCUCAGCUGCUUUUCGGUAUUGGCUCGGUGCCCAUGCAACCUUUUGGCAUCUCUUACAUCGACGAUUUCGCCGCGCCCGGGAACUCUCCACUCUACAUAGCCAUCUUGUUUGCCGUUUCCGUUUUUGGUCCCGCCUUCGGCUUCUUAUUGUGCUCCGUGAUGCUUGGUAUCUACGUGGACGUGGACAAAGUGGCUUCGGAUGGCGACUUAGGGGAGGAGCUGAGACCGGGAGACCCUCGCUGGGUGGGCGCCUGGUGGAUGGGCCUCCUUAUCACGUCCGCCUGCCUGGCUCUCACCUCGCUCCCCUACUUCUUUUUCCCCCGCAGCAUGCCAUCAGAAGGGCGGAUGAUUGGAAGCGAAACCAACGUGGACUUCAAGAAACCUCGUGUCUCUUUGUUCGACUUCUUGAAAAUGUUUCCCAGGAUGUUCUUCCACCUGCUGCUAAAUCCCCUCUUCCUGGUCCUGAUCUUGGCCCAGUGCUGCUUCUCGUCGGUGAUCGCGGGCCUCUCCACCUUCCUCAACAAGUUCCUGGAGCGUCAGUACGGCGCCUCCGUCGCCUACAGCACCAUGCUGGUCGGUGCUGUCAAUCUUCCGGCCGUGGCGGUGGGCAUGCUGGCGGGCGGGUUCAUCAUGAAGCGUACGAGAAUCUCUCUGAAGAACAUCCCUCGCUUUUCUGUGCUCAUGUUGAGCAUCUCCACGCUAAUGUGCGUGCCGCUCUUCUUCAUGGGAUGCUCCACACAAAAAGUGUCCCUGGUCAAUCACCACCAGGUCGGACACCAUGGUUCUCCAUCCAUGUGCUACGUCAACUGUUCAUGCCCCUCCGGGACCUUCAAUCCAGUCUGUGGUUCUGACGGCGUGGAGUACAUCUCACCGUGCCACGCCGGCUGCACCAACUUCACCAAAAACCCGGACAACCCACACGCCGUCCAGCUGUACACCAACUGCAGGUGCGUAUCGGGAAGUGAGAGUCAGGUGCGGCCGUCGCCCUGCACCAACCAGUGCACCCACUUCCUGCUGCCCGUCAUCCUGAUGCUGUCGGCGGGGGCGCUGGUGGCCUGCCUCACCCACAACCCCAUGUACAUGAUGCUGCUCAGGAGCGUUGCGUCAGAGGAGAAGUCCUUUGCUAUCGGAGUUCAGUUUCUCCUCCUGAGGCUGUUGGCGUGGCUUCCAGCUCCGGCGCUGUUCGGCAUGGCCAUCGACACCUCGUGCAUCUGGUGGAAGCGUGUGUGCGGCAAGAAGUUCAGCUGCGGCUACUAUGACAAUGACAUCUUGAGAAACAGGUACCUGGGCUUGGUGGUGGGCUACAAAGUGAUGGGUGUGGCGCUGCUGGCUAUUUUGGGUUGGAAAGUGAUGCGGACACAGGAGUACAGUCUAGAGAAGAGGCCUGAUGGCGUGCUAUAAAACAUGCCCCUUUCCCAGCUUAAUGUGGGAGUGCUCAAAAGACCAAAAUCUGGUAAUACCUCACAGCUUUUGCAGGACUUGUACAAUAACAUAUUCACUAGUGCCCGUCGGGUAGAGUCUAAUGCACAUCUCGUUAACUGUAUAGCUUAAUAUUUAAGUGAUUUUUUUUUUUAUACUGUGUAAGUGCACGCUGUUCAUUUUAUACAAUGUUUUUAUUUUUUUAUUUUGUAUUUACUCGUUGUAUUAAUCACACGUUUUUCGGUGCUACGUACCGCACAUUAUGCCUGCUUUCUAAUAAAAACAACCUGUACAAUAA